AUGGCGUCUGGACAUGAAAUAUACGCGUUACGGGCAUGGAUGUACAAUCAUAAGGAUCCGGAGACUGGUGAAGUAACGAAAGAGUAUCGUGCUGGACUACGAGGAUUUUUACAACAGGCAACUAAUCAACCAUUCGCAAGGGAGCAUGGUGCAUCAAGUAGUAGUACGGGUCAGGGAUUUGAACUGCCAAAUUAUAAUGCAGAUUAUUAUGAUCCUCGUGAGCCAAAUAUGUUUGGAAAUAAUGCGGGUGAUGGGUAUGAGCAAAAUAUGUUUGGAAAUAAUGCGGGGGAUGGGUAUGAGCAAAAUAUGUAUGGAAACAAUGCGGGGGAUGGGUAUGAGCAACAGGGAAAUAGGUAUCAUGAUAUGGUUACAGAUGCAUUGCAUGAAGCUGCUAUUCCUGAUAGUAGUAGGGAAGAACCCAACAUAGACGCACAACGAUUUUAUAAUAUGUUAGACGCUGCCAAUGAACCCAUCUACGAAGGAUGGGCUCAACUCAUUAAUGAGUAUUUACCAGAAGGUAAUCUUGCUGCUGAUAAUUUCUAUGAAAUUCAGAAGCUAGUUGCCGGUCUUGGUCUACCAUCUGAAAUGAUUGAUGUAUGCAUUGACAACUGCAUGAUUUACUGGAAAGAUGAUGAAAAACUGACGGAAUGUCGAUUUUGUCAAAAACCAAGAUAUCAAGAAACCACAGGAAGGAAUCCUGUGCCGUACAAACGUAUGUGGUACUUACCGAUCACAGAUAGAUUGAAGCGUUUGUACCACUCAGAAAGGACAGCCGCGUCGAUGAGAUGGCAUGCCCAACAUUCGGUGAAAGAUGGCGAGAUUACACAUCCCUCAGAUGCAAAGGCAUGGAAACACUUUCAAACCGUAUAUUCCGACUUUGCGAAUGAGUUUAGGAACGUUUAUCUUGGCUUAUGCACGGAUGGAUUUAGUCCAUUUGGUAUGUCUGGAAGGCAAUACUCUUUAUGGCCUGUCAUCUUGACGCCAUACAACCUCCCUCCGGAGAUGUGCAUGCAAAGAGAAUUUUUGUUCUUGAGUAUUCUAGUGCCUGGUCCAAAACAUCCAAAGCGAGCACUUGAUGUUUUUUUGCAACCUUUGAUCCAUGAGCUGAAGAUGUUGUGGCAUCAUGGCGUGCAGACAUGGGAUUACUCGCAGCAACAAAACUUUAAUAUGCGUGCAGUGCUUAUGUGGACCAUUAGUGACUUCCCCGCAUAUGGAAUGUUAUCGGGUUGGACCACACAUGGAAGAUUAUCAUGUCCAUAUUGUAUGGAUAGGACAGAUGCUUUUCAGCUGAAAAAUGGGAGGAAGUCAUGUUGGUUUGAUUGUCACCGUAGAUUUCUUCCGCCGCAUCAUACAUAUCGUAAGAACAAGAAAUUGUUUAGGAAAAACAAGGUAGUGCAUGUUCCUCCCCCAGUAAUGCAACCAGGAGCAACUUUGUUAGAGCAGAUUGAUUAUUACGGUGCUAAGGAGACAUGUAAAGUUGGAGGAAAUUGGCACACUCCACCUAACAUGCCAGACGGGUAUACGGCAUCUCAUAAUUGGCAUAAGAAGAGCAUAUUUUGGGAACUUCCAUAUUGGAAGGAUCAUCUCUUAAGGCACAACCUUGAUGUGAUGCACAUAGAGAAGAAUGUUUUUGAGAAUAUCAUGAACACUCUUUUGGAUGUGAAGGGAAAGAGUAAAGAUAAUUUGAAAUCGAGGUUGGAUUUGCCAGAGUUAUGUGCAAGACCAGAGCUGCAUGUGACAAGAGAAGGAAAAUUACCAGUUCCGAAUUUUAGAUUGUCUGGGGUGGCGAAGCAAAAGUUGUUUGACUGGGUAAAUUCUGAUGUAAAGUUUCCAGAUGGAUAUGUGUCAAAAUUCUCAAGAUGCAUCGAGCAAGGAAAAAAAUUUUCUGGUAUGAAGAGUCACGACUGUCAUGUUUUCAUGCAGCGGCUCCUACCGUUCGCAAUGACGGAGUUAUUACCGAAACAUGUUCAUGAAGCAAUAGCCGGUAAUAAAAGUGACUUUUAAAAUUAUAUAUAAAUUUAUUGUCUUUGUUAAUUGAAAUAAUAUUUUCGUUUGAUGAUGAAUUUGUAGGAGUUGGAGCAUUUUUUAGGGAUUUAUGCACUCGGACAUUGACUGAGGAUGGGAUCGAGUUGUUAGCCAAGAAUAUUCCGGUUUUGCUUUGCAAUCUGGAAAAAGUCUUCACCCCAUCUCUUUUUGACGUAAUGGAACAUCUCAUGAUUCAUCUACCUCUUGAAGCAGCUCUUGGGGGCCCUGUGCAAUUCCGAUGGAUGUAUGUAUUUGAGAGAUUCAUGGGAUAUCUAAAAAAGUUUGCCAAAAAUCUGGCCAAAGUCGAGGGUUCGAUAGUUGCAGGAAGUUUGACGGUGGAAACUUCACACUUUACAUCCUACUACUUUAGCCCAACCGUUAGAACGAAGAAGACCGCUCCUAGACGAUACGACGACGGAGGAGUUGCGCCUUCAUAUCAUGUUACAGACGUUCCUGACAUAUUUUGUCAGAUUGGAAGACUUGCUGGCAAAGUGAGAGAAGUUUGGUGGGAAGAUCAUGCACAUGCUCAUGCGGCUCACAUUUAUAUUAUGCGAAACAUUGACUACUUGCAGGAAUUUGAAAGGUAUAGUACUCAUACAAAUUGAACAUAUAUAAAUUGUAUUGAUUACUUUGGUUUUAUAUUUACAUAUAUGCCUAACAAUUAACAAUUCUUAUAUGCAGCAUAUUCAACUUACAAAUUCGAGAACACUAUCCUAAUUUAGAAGAAAAGGAUUAUGAGCAGUUGAACGAACGAGAUUAUCCUGGGUGGUUAGAAUACUAUGUACGUACAAUCUUUAGACUUUUAAAAUUAAAAUGACUUAUUUUAAUAUUUAUAUAUUUUGAGCAGGUGAAAAAUGGAUGUCAUGACAAAUCAAUUCCGCGAUGGUUGUAUGAAUUUGUUGACAAACCGGUUGCUAAGAUCACUACUGCUCCAAUGUACUUCACUCGUGGAUACACUUUUCAUACGUACACACACGGUUCGAAGAGAUCAACCGCGAAUUUUGGAAUCCAACUCCAAGGUGAAACUGACUUCUACGGUGUAUUGCAACAGAUCAUAGAAGUCACUUACCCGGGAAGCAUCAACUUAAAAUGCGUAUUAUUUAAGUGUGAUUGGUAUGAUCCAACGAGUGGCCGAGGGGUCCGAAAAAAUAACCUUGGGGUCAUUGAUGUCAAUGCAAAUAGACGUUAUGCAAAAUUCGAACCAUAUUGCCUUGCAUCACAAGCAGAUCAAGUGUGUUUUCUUCCAUAUCCAAGGAUUAGAGAAAGGCGUGAAAGGUGGUUAUCAGUGAUUAAAGUGAAUCCGCGAGGGCGUAUAAUCGUCGGAGAAAUUGCCGAUGUCGCUAUGCAGGCCGAAAGAGUUGCUGAAAUGUCCGUCCCAACCGAAUCGACUGAGAAUAUUUUACACAUCGAUCCAGAUAACCAAGAAGCAGAAGUCAUUGUUGAUGAUUCCACCGAAGGGUCUGUUUCAGAAGAAGACGAGUUUGAUGCUGAAACUGACGAAGAUGACAUCACAAAUGAUGAGGCUGAAAAUAAAGACAAUGAAAAUGUAUCUGAAAAUGAAUCUGAUUAGACAAAAUUUCAUAUUUAUGCUGUAUUGUCUUGUAUUUGAAUUUUUUUUUAAAAAAAAUAUAACAAAAUGCGAUGGAAUUGCGACGAAAUUGCGACGGAAUUGCAAGAUUCCCUCGCAACUCCCUCUCAAAUUUGCGACGGAUUUGCAUGGUCAUCCUCGCAAUUCCGUCGCAACUCUUCGAACCACUAGCCAAAACCCGAAACGAAUCCCUAAAACACAGUCGUUGCAAUUCGCUCGCAAAUUUGCAAGGGAUUUGCAAGGGAUUUGCGUCGAUUAUUAGGUUAAUGUAUAAGGACAGUUAACCCUUCUUCUCCAUUACUCUCUGCCGUCAAAGAAAAAAAAAGAAUCUAAAGCUCUCCAAUUCCUCCUCUCUGCGUCUCCUCCCCGGGCUCUCUCUCCCCGCAGCCUGACGUCUCCUGUCAAGUCUCGCCGGACUCUCCCGCCGUAUCUCUCUCUCUGUGCCUCUUCUUUCGCAGCCCACGUCUCAGUCUUGCUGGAGUCUCCCCCUCUCCUCUCCGCCGUAUCUCUCUCUCUGUGCCUCUCCUCUCCGAUCUCUCAGUCUCGCCGGAUCUCAUUCUCUCCACUCUCUCCUCGCCGAUCCACUUCGAUCUAGGUCUCCUUGCCGGAUCUCUUUCUCUCAACCCGUCUCUCGCCGGAUAUCUCUCCUCACGGUCGCCCUCAUCCGCCGUCAUACUCGCCGGACUUCCACCGUCAUUAUCUCGAACCUGCUCUGUCCCUUUUGAAAGAUGUCAGGAAAUGAUUAUAGCCGCUAUCUAUCUACUGGUGGUAAGAAGAGUUCUGGUAGUAAGAAGAGUUCUGGUAGUACGAAGAGUUCAUCCCGUCAUACCAAUCCGGGUAGUUCUUCUAGUUCCCAGAUGGCCGAGAGUUUGGCUGUUCCUAAUAGCCAGACGCAAGCUUUCCCUCCAGCUCCCGCCCCAGCUCCUCCAGCUCCCGCCCCAGCUCCUGCAGCUCCCGCCCCAGCUCCUGCAGCUCCCGCCCCAGCUCCUGCAGCUGCUCCCGCCCCAGACCCGGCGGCAGAUUUAGCGUCAAUCUAUAUGGGUAUAUACCCAUAUAUCUACACUAUUAUUUAUGAAGUGAUUUAGCUUAUUUAUCAUGAUUUCCAUAAUUUUAGGUAAUUUUGCUUAUUUGUCAUGUUUUAAUUAGG